GGGAAUUAAGUAUUAUUCACAAUAUUUGUCCUUUUUAUACACAUCUCAUCCAGAUGCGUGGCAGAAACCGUUGCAUCUUUUUUGAGCAACACCGAAACAAAAACCAGAGACAAUAUUGUUUUGUUCUUAGGUUUCAGAAAAGCUCAUCUCAGGAUAAGUGAUACACGUAUAUUUCUCUUGUUAAAAUUGUUAGUUCUUUCGUUUCUGUCACACACCCAUCUCAGCUUUUGUCAGCAAAGUUUGAAUUCUGUGUGAGGUUUUCAAAAAAGAGAGGGAAUUGAAGGAGAUAUUUGAUGAUCAGAAAAUGAAGUUCUGCAAGAAAUACGAGGAGUACAUGCAAGGCCAAGAGAAGAAGCUACCUGAGGUUGGCUUCAAGAAGCUUAAGAAGAUCUUGAAGAAAUGCCGAAAGGAUUUUCAUUCGGAAGACGACAUUAAUAAUCUUGCCGUACAUGACCCCAGAACAUGCCCUGACCAUUGCCCAGUGUGUGAUGGAUCGUUUUUCCCUUCGCUGCUCAAUGAAAUGUCUGAUGUGGUAGGCUUUUUCAAUCAGAAAGCACAGAAAUUGCUCGAGUACCAUUUGGCUUCUGGGUUUCGCAAGUACAUGCUUUUGUUCAAAGGCAAGCCUCAAGGAAACCAUGUGGCUUUAAUCCAAGAAGGCAAGGACCUUGUUACCUAUGCACUCAUCAACGCCAUUGCGAUCCGAAAAAUACUCAAAAAAUAUGAUAAGAUUCAUUACUCGAAGCAAGGGCAGGCCUUUAAGUCACAAGCGCAAAGUAUGCACAUUGAAAUCCUUCAAAGUCCUUGGCUCUGCGAGCUUAUGGCUUUCCACAUCAAUUUAAGGCGAUCGAAUAUCAAAUCGAGAAAGAGACCGGCCUUGUUUGAGGGAUGCUCUCUUAUAAUGAAUGAUGAGAAGCCGACUCUCACCUGUGAACUCUUUGAUUCUGUCAAGGUUGAUAUUGAUUUGACAUGUUCAAUAUGCCUGGACACAGUUUUUGAUCCAGUUGCUCUCACUUGCGGUCAUAUAUUCUGCUAUAUGUGUGCUUGCUCGGCUGCAUCUGUGACCAUUGUGGAUGGGUUAAAGGCUGCCGAGUCUAAAGAAAAAUGCCCUUUAUGCCGAGAGGCAAAAGUGUACCAAGGUGCUGUACACCUGGAUGAGCUUAGCUUUUUAAUCAGCAGAAGCUGUCGCGAAUACUGGGAGCAGCGCAUUCAGACAGAAAAGGUGGAGAGGGUUCAGCAAGCAAAGCAGCACUGGGAAUCACAAUGUCGGUUAUUCAUGGGCGUUUGAUAUGAUUAUCUUGUUAAUUCAUUUUAGAGCUAGUCUUAGUUUGUGAAAAUCCACAAACUUCUUGUUUUUUGGAUGUUGUACUGCUUACUUCUUCACCUGUAGUCUUAUUGAUUCUGUUUUAACUCAAUUGUUUUGAGGUGCUUAAGGUUAAUCCCAUUUGCAUUACUCAACAUCUGUACUUUUUCUCUCAAGCAACGGCAACAAACCAAGCUAGCUUCUUGCAAGUACAUCAGCUUAUCAAGCUGUCAUGUAAGCUGAUUAUCAUUCUCAGUAGUCUCAGCGCCCUUUUGAUUGUGCAAUUGUACUGUGUAUUUCUAGAGUUAAUUGUUUAGGAUAUGAGUUUGUAACAACUUAGUUGAACAUAUAUACUUGCAAUAAAGUUCUUAACCUCUCUGAGUUAAUCUAAUUUUUGCAUCAUCCACUA